UGUUAUUUAUAUCUUAUAUCUUCAGCAUUGAAAUCUAGAAAUGAUUCUUCCAAUGUACCGUGUAGAUCCAUCUCCAGACUUGUGUCGAAACUUCGCAGCAAUUUGGGUGUUUUUCUUGAGUUUAUUUAAGGCGAUUUAUGCAGAUACGCCAAUAACUAUUACAAGUAGAACAUGUGGUGAGACAUACGAUAUGGAUAUGUACAAGAACACUGAUGUGUAUUAUGACGGCUCAGAUGUAUUAUACGAGAACCCUUGUCAAGUGCAGUUCACUAAAACGUCUUACGAGCAGUUCAUCUGCAUACGUGGCGACGAUAUUAGACUAGAUUGUGGUACAGAGUUAGAAUACCACGAAGAUUUUGUUAAAAAUUACAUCAAUCCUGAGGUGGAAUUUUCAUGUUAUGAUACAAAAAAGGAAGAAUGGUGUCCUAGCCAGUACCAAGACAAUAUUUACGUUGUUAUCAGGAAAGAUUCGCGUCAAACGACAGAUAGAAUUAGACUACGAGUUUACCUCAAAGAUGUGCCAGACGACGAUUACCCUACAGGAAGUCUAUCUGGAAUUAUCAUUUUAUAUAUAGCAAUCCCUAUCGUAUUUGUUGUAAUGUGUACAUGCUUGGUCUUGAUCAUCCGCAAAAGACAAUCAGCAACACGCCCUCCUGUUACAUACCAAACUACAUCAGGCGCAAUUAAUGUACAAGCAGGUCAAAUGAACCCAACACAACACAAUCCUCUGCCAUAUCAACCGAUACCGAUACAGCAUAGCGGACUUCAAGGAAAUUACAAUGUUCAUCCAAUGCAAAGUGCGUAUCCAGUGCAAGCUGCCAGACAGAAUCCUUAUUCUCAUCAGGGAAACACAGGACAAAAUUAUAGCAGUGCGCCGCCGAUUGACCCUAGUGCCCCACCACCUCCGUAUGAAAGUGUUAUCAGCCAAAAGCAUUGAAGAACUUGACGUUCUAGGUUCAACUCUGUAUUAUCCUUCCAUAUACAUGUAUAUGUAAAAGCGUAUAUUUUGUAAAAGACAUGCGUAAUCGAUGAGAAAAUGAUAACGAUUUUUUGCACAGAACUUAAAAAUUGUUUGAUGUAAAAUGAUGCUACUCUAUGGUGGCUUUUAAAUUAAGUUUUAUUAUCAUUGCAGCAAGUUUAUUCGGGAUUAUUUAGAAAACAUUUGGUCGUUUUUUUGUUUUUUAGAAUACACAGAUGCAAAAAAAAAUUUCUAUGGAGUUUUCUUGACACAAAAACAAUGCACUUAAUCAAUUAUUAGCCUUAUUGCCAAUCGUGAUCAAAAUGGGACAGAUACUGAAAUAUUCUAGCAAAACAAAAAAGCAAAACAUUCUGAUUGUGUCGAAUUAUUUUGAGUUGCGUGAAUUUUACAUAUUUAUCAUACAUAAGGUGAUUCUUUACAAGUGACUUUCCACGCACUUUUGGACAAGCAAUGAAGGCAUUGUAUAACCCUGUAAUUAAAUAAAUAGUUAUUAACAUUUCACUGAAUGCCAGGUAAAUAUAAACCAGAUCUUUCUGAUAAUCUUAUUUUAACAGUUCUAAACUAUUGAUCACAAGAUUUUGGAUAACUUAAUAGUCAUAUCUUAGAAAAAGAUUUUUUAAAGUUUUUUAUUACGUUUUAAGUAUUAGAAGAAACUGUUGUAGAAACACACAAAAUAAUGUUGUACAAUGUGAACUAGAGUGAAAUUAAGAUAACAAUUAAGAGCUGUAAAUGUUAUUAAAUAGGUCUACUGGUGUCAAGAAGUACAAAUGUGUGUAUGACUAUGUCUAGAGACCAAAUGAAAUGUUAUGAGGUUUUCAGUAACGCGUUUGUUACAAUCUACAUAUUUCAAAAUAUGUAAAAUAUCUUGAUAACAUUAUACAUAAUAAAACAAAGAUAAAGUGAUACAUAGAUACACUAAUCUAUAUACAGAAUCAAGAGACUUAAUAAAACCACGAAGUUAAUUUGGCUUACAAUCAUACUUGCCAAUGACAAAUAAUUGAACAUUUUAGGAAAUCUAUAUCAUGUUUCAAAAUGACUUCGCAUAUAUUAUGGCUUGACAUAGUUCAAAGAUAGAACCAGGCUGAUGACAUAAACAGGAAUCCACUACUUACCUAUAAUGAAAUAGAUUGUAAUAUUUGUUCUGAAUUAGAAAAUGCAUUUUAUGCCUUAUUGGAAUAUCCCAUGUAAAAUGAUUUGUGAAAAUAAAAUAUAAAUAAAUAUUUUUGGAAGAGACCAAAUAUGCCAAAAUUUAAUAAAUUUAACAUCACAAAAUGAAAAUGUUACAUGAGUUAUCAAAGUUUAUCUGUCUAUCUUUAAAAUGUUUGAAUGAAGAACAAAUAUUGAUGACGCAAAAUUUUCAUUUAGUACGUAAAUAUGAUGAUAAUUUAUUGAUAUUAAAUGAAAUACAUGUGAUUUCAUACCUACUGUUGUGA